AUGUUUCGGGAUUUACGAUCAUCAUCCAAACGGAGGUUUGUUUCAAUAUUACCAAGUGAAUCUUUCAAUAUUUUUCCAAUUUCAUUAGGACAUAGAGCUGAAGUAAAACUUAGACGACUGACAAACGAUGAAUAUCCUUUGUUGGUACAACUAAGUUGGAGUAAAUUAGAUCGAGAAGGGAAGUUUGUUUUAAAACUGGAACCUAAUAGUGGACAUAUCCAGAAAAAUGUUUCAGAAAGUCAAAAUGAAACAAAUUUAUUUAAUGGUUCAAAUAAUAACAGUACUGUUUGUGGAUCAGUAAUCAACCCUAAAACUCGUCUAUUUCAACGUCUCUGGUCUUUUCGACGUGAAAAGAUUGUUUCGCCCAUGACUGUGAAAGCAGAUCAAAGACGUAGACCACCAUUAGGUUGUGCAGCAGGUGUAGGAUUGUCGAAAACGUGUUCCAAUUUUAUUACUGAAAAUUCGUUGAUAUGCUUACUAGGAUCAAUUAAACAUCAGGGUAAUGGCGAUAAUAUUAUCUACCACAAUAACAACAGUAAAAAUUAA